AUCAUAAUUUUUCCCCCACCGACUACAGGCUCUAACCCCAGCUCACCCUAGUCGUUCCUUAUCGGCAUCUGGAUUUUCGCGACACCUUCCCGCCCUAACGGCCGCUCCCUUCCAUCUGCCCGUUGACGUCGUCGGGGACGAACCCCGCAUCGCCCAAGACGCUCGAAGCAUACCCGCUUGCACUGGGACUCCACUCCCUCACAUAGGCAGGCUCCUAUACUUUGCACCUUGCUGGAUCCUCGCCCCCACGUCACCAUGGACGGCAUCGGGGAAGCGCCCGAUGGCAUGGGCUUUGACAUGCCAAUGCUCAUGAACCAACAGCAGCAAUUCUACGGCGCCUAUGGACCGGAUGGUUCGCCGAUGGCAUCCGCUCACCAAAACAUGUCUUACCAGGAUGAGCAGUCAAUGGGCGUCGGAGAAGAUACCAAUGAUGCGAAGAGGCGAAGAAUUGCAAGGGCAUGCGACAUGUGCCGGAAGAAGAAAAUCAAGUGUGAUGGGAAAAUGCCCAAGUGCUCGCACUGCAUCAAUUACAAGACAGAUUGUGUGUUCACACAAGUCGAGAAGAAACGGAAUCCGCCAAAGGGCGCCAAAUAUAUCGAAGGACUGGAAAACCGUCUGGGAAGGAUGGAGUCGCUGCUCCGUCUUUCUGGAUUACUGUCCGAAGACGAUGGUGGAAAGACUGAUUUGGGAACGUUGGAGAAACGCCUGGCCGAUCGAUCGCUGGCAAACGGUGGCAUAAGCCGUCCUAAAAGUCCGAACAAAUUCACCGCUCCUCAAUCCAACGCUCAAUCACAACCGACGACUUCAUCGCAUCAUUCUACCCCCCGUGUUGAGUCUCAGUCUAGCCCGCGCACAGCUGCUACGUCGCCGGAAUCACAGAAGGAAUCGGAAACCGAGGUCGAGGGCUUGUCGGAUAUGAUGUGCUCGUUAGUGACGAACAAUUGCGGAGAAACGCGCUAUAUUGGGUCCUCUUCGGGGUUCUCGAUUUUCUCUCCCAAGGGUAUCCAGUGGGUCAACGAGAAGACCGGCGACACUUCCUUCCAAGACAUGAUAUCUUCUGCCUAUAUCGACGACAACAAGUGGAUGUAUUGGAAGCCCGAGAUAUUCAGCGACAUCUUUGCCCGUCGCGUGUUCAAGCCAUUGCCGCCCAAGGAAGAGGCUAUGUCUCUCUUUCGAGACUUCUUUUCCAACUUUAACUGUAUGUUCCCACUCUUCCACGAGCCGACAUUCAUGCACUUGGUGGAACGCCAGUAUUCUCGGGAUCCGUACGAAGGUUCUGGCUGGUGGGCUAGUAUCAACGUGGUCCUGGCGAUCUCGCACCGACUUCGAGUUAUGAGCAAUCUAGUGCCGCAGGAAGAAGACAAGAAGGCUUGGCUAUACCUGAAGAACGCUAUGGCUGUUUUGACCGAGCUUACUAUGCGAAACACGGAUUUACUAAGCGUUCAGGCCCUACUCGGCAUGUCGCUUUUCUUGCAGGGGACACCAAACCCCCAGCCGUCCUUUUUCCUCGUUGCAGCUGCCAUUCGACUUUCUCACAGUAUUGGUCUGCACAAGCGGGGUUCUGGAUUUGGCUUGAAUCCAGUGGAGGUGGAACAGCGGAAACGAGUGUUUUGGAUUGCUUACCUUCUGGACAAAGAUAUCUGUCUUCGGUCCGGUCGCCCGCCUGUUCAAGAUGAUGAUGACAUGAACGUCGAGUUACCGAGUGAUGACCCCCCGGACAACAUCGGCAACGUCCCGUUAUCGGACGGUACCAAAUUCAACCUGUUCAGAUCCAUGUGCCGCUUUGCCAUCAUUGAAAGCCGAGUGUACAAGCGACUCUAUUCCGCCAAAGCAUCGAAGCAGUCUGACGGCGAGUUGUUGAACACUAUUGGAGAUCUUGACAAGGAGCUCGAGGAAUGGAAGGAUAGCAUUCCUGUUGAACUCCGACCAGAAAACGAAAUCAAGACCACCCACACGCCCCUUAUCCUGCACGUUGUUGUGCUUCAUUUUGCGUACUACAACUGCUUGACUACUAUCCACCGCAUGUCCGUACAUCAUGGCUACUGGACGAGCCGGUUAUCCAAUUAUGCGAUUCAAGGUCUGAACGCGAGACCGUUGAAUCCCAGAGUAUUCUUGUCGGCAGUUCUCUGUGUAACGGCUGCGAGAGCUUCUAUUAAUCUGAUCAAAUACAUACCCCAAGGCGAUUUUGCCUGUGUCUGGUUGAUACUUUAUUAUCCGGUCUCCUCACUGGUUACCCUAUUUGCUAAUAUUCUGCAAAAUCCUAAUGAUGCGCGGGCUCGCUCCGACGUCAAGUUGAUGAACGUGGUCGUCAACUUCCUGUCUACUCUCGUCUCCGACGAGUCGAACGGAAGUGUCAAGCGUAUGCUUGCUCUUUGCGGUGAAUUCGAACGCAUCGCCCAGGUAGUCCUCGACAAAGCCGAAAGAGACAGCCACUCGAAGAAGAAACGCAAAUCUGCUCCCGACGAACCACGGCAUGCACCAGGGCACACAGCAGAUGGAAAUCGCCAGCCCGCUACACCAGCCGCGAAGCCAACAGAUUCAGCACCGCCGCAACCUCCCACGACCGUUCCCUUCUCAUCUCCCUCGUUCUCUAAUAAUCCAAAUCAGCCCGCAGCCAACAUCCCUAAUGAGCCACGAAAUUUCACCCCAGGCCAGCCGCUCUCUGGAGCGAACGGCUUCACCACGAAUCUCCAGGACAGCAUGCACGGUCUAUCAGGCCUUGGUGGAGACUUUGAAAUGCUCAGUCCAGGUAACCUGGAAGGCGUGAACUUCGGCGACCAAGCGCCCUUCACAGCCAGUCCCGAUACCCCUCUAGCACCCUUCCAACAACCCUUCGUCCCACAAGACCUCUGGCAAAUGCCAAUGACCAUCGAAUGGGACUGGGCAGAUAUGUCGAAUAACUUCCCCGUCUUCGGUGAUACCAACAACGGUCCACCAAACGGGCCAUAAUAUGACGACACGAAGAACCCUCCCAAUUUUCAAAUCCAUAUUUUUCCCGGUUCCAGCGGACGCCUGGGGUCUUCAGCACGUACAUACAGACAAUUUGUC